UUUGGGUUUUUUUUUUUUUUUUAUUGAAAAUCAACUUCAUGCUUUGGAAUUUUUCAAAUAAGCAAUCCAUUGACAAAAAUGAAUAUUCUACAAUAAAGUUUGGAGUCCCUAAUUAGAGCCAAGUAAUUAUCAAUAUAUUUAUUGACUUUCCUCUCUGCCGGGAGUUUAAAUUGGGUAACGACACGAAAGAGACACCACGACACAACUUAAAAAUGUUUUAAAUCUUUAAAAAAAAAACCACUUUGACACAAUCAGAAGAUCUGAUGAUCUCCCAGGGUGACGAACAAAUGAUUUGAAACUGCCGAUAAAUAAGUAAGUGAUAUCUAGGAGACAGUGGUGAGUUUUAAAAGCUCUCGGUUUUUCCUAAUGUUGACACAUAGGAUACAGAACAUUUCAUUUAUAUCGGUUCUAAACGCUUUUUAUUUCACGGCUAAUGAAAAACGGCAGGAUAGGAUGAACCUGACAAAUCACUUGUCUCUGAAUGCCUCCACUAAAAUCUGUACCUGAAGCAGGUGCCCUUAUCUGGCGCAAACCAACAGGGGCCGUCACCGAAGUUCAAAGACUUUCCUAUCAAUGUAUUGAUCGCCAGAAAAGAUCCCUCAAAGACGAUGAGAUAGUGCAACACUUGACACUCUCUAGAUUGGCUUGUUUGGGCAUGUAGGAUUGAUCGAGUGAAGGAUUUGACUGCGGGGGUAAACAAAACAGACUGUCAAAAGAAAACAACUUUCGGUAACAAUCCAUAUAUAUGAUUGUUUUUAUUUCGUUUUUAACUCUGUGCAAUCAACUGUCGUUUGCUGACAUAUUUGAAAUGGUGCGAAACCGUCUUUGGAAUAUCAGAAAUUUACCUGUCUCAAUUUAAAGGCAAUUCUUCUUCGCUUGGCUGUGUCGAUUUUAAAAUUGUUGAAAGUUUUAAAUAAGAUAUUGACACAGACCUAUGACUGAUUCUAAACUUGAUCGUCAGUUCUACCGCGUGUAUUUCUCGGAAGUUUGGAAACUAUGUGCUCUGAAUUUAGAGAAUCGUUAUCGUCUCAGACUCGAGCUUCCAUUAGAGAAUAUUCAUUACUGGAAUAAAACAGUGUUUGUUCUUAAAAGGUUUAGGAAAGUUUAACCAUGAAAUUCAAGGGAAGGGGUAAAUCUGCCCCAAUAGUUCAACUAACGGAUGUGAUUGAGAGGGGAUACUUCCAACAGGUCCGUUUCUUUAUUGAUCUGGGGAUUGAUAUAGACUCCGCUAAUGGCGAUCAGCGAACGCCCUUAAUGUUGUGUUCUGUGAUGGAACCGGAAGAGUGGGGGACGGGGAUCGCACGCCUUCUCAUCGAGAAAGGAGCCUUACUGGACUCUGUUGAUAAAUAUGGAAUGAACGCUAUGCAUUUAUCCUGUAUCUAUGGCCGCGUAGAGCUGGCUAGAAUUCUUCUAAAUGCCAUGGAUUUUGAUUUGACGGAAAUAGAUAAAUGGGGAAAUACAGUCCUCCACUACGCGGUCAGAGCAGGAAGUGUACCCUUAGUCAGGCUUGUGGUCCACGCACACAAAAAAUACAAAAUUCACAUGGACCGGAAGAACCGGGACGGACUGACAGCGCUGGAGGAGGCACACAAAUUCUCCUACGGACGCUGUGCCGAGAUUAUAACGACAGCUGAGAGACUCGCAGAGGAGGAUGUGGAACUGCUGAUGCCGCCACCCUCGCUAGAUUUCAGAUUUUCACGGGAUACCCUAAACACGCGUACCGCGUCAGAACGCUCCGUCAUCAUGCGUCCCAAGACUGCCUUCGUGACACGGCGAGGCUCCGUCUCCAGCACAAGCUCGACGUCUAGUAUAUAUCUCGCCCAGAAACCGAUCUUCGUACGUGAAUUUGCAGGAGCUAGAAGAGAAAAGCUACCAAACGAAAAAGACUUUAACCAAAUCAUACGCUGUGCUAGUUUGUCAGAUUUCAGAAAUAACCCCGAGUAUCUAUAUAAUUUAGCAGUUCCCGGUGCAAUUCCGACCAACGGCUUUCAGUCGGGGAGCAGACUAACAAACAGACCAAAGUCGUGCUACGUCAGACGCCCCACCUCUGUGUCUAGUGAGGGACCGAUCUUCAGUUGGCGAGUAGAAUUCAAGAGACUAUAUGCUCAUUUUGAGUACCAGUGUACCCCGUCUUAUAGGGACGCUGCCAAGUAUAACCCCGGAGAACUCCCCUCUCUGGACGGAAGUGGUUCACCCGUUCCCCAUGAAGACGGCGAGGAAGGAGAACGCGGUAAGAAAGGGAAGCGAUGUGGAAGCGGGAAAAAAGAGCCCGCCGCGGAAAAACAACGUAAACAAUCACAGCAGCAAAAACAACGUAAACAAUCUAACGUACAGAUCCCACAAGAUAAGGGGAAACACUCCAAUACAUCACUGGAUGGGUCACUGGGGUCAAGCAGCGAGUCUAUAGGAAGCAGCGGCGUGUCUUCAAAAAAGCAGCAGCAAUCCAGUUCUGGUGAUACUCAAACCUCUAAACCGACGCGGGAAAAGUCCCUGACAGAGAGUCAUGGACGCAUAAGUCGGACAAUGCAUUAUGGGAAGAAUAUACCACACGUGGCAGUUCACGAUGACGUCACUUCUGGAGACGGACAUUCGUCCAAAACGCCACCCAUCGAUCAAAAGAAAUUAAAACCAUGAUAUUCUCUGUAGCCUAUGCAUUGAUGUACUAAUAUUUUUUAUGUCUUGUGCUGUAUAACCCGGAGCCUUGGUGUAUGGGGUACGCGUUGCCAUGGUGUAUUUUUUAUUAACAGAGAUUAGUUCUUGCUCUGGAUAAGGAGAAUAUGUUCUAUAUGAACAACAAUUGCAUUUAUAUUUGUUUUUCUCGUUAUGGACACAUUGAACGUUAGCGGAGACUUCAAUAAUGGACAAAUACCGGAGGUGGUCCAAUAUUUACUCAAAAGUUUCCUCAAGUAAUGCAAUAGGGAAGGAACUUCAUCGCUCUAUGUACCAAUGGGCAGGACUCGGUUGAAGUGAAAGCGACACGUAUUUGUCCGUAAUGACAAAUAUACGCAAUUACUUGCCAAUCUUCUUGGCUUUUCGACUGUACUUAUAGAAUUUAAAUUGAAUGCAAAUAUCACACGAGUCUUUCAUUGUUGGGGAAAUUUCCGAUAUGAUUGUCAUUAAAUUUCUUCUUGAUAUGGAA